CACAGCCAUUAGCCCUGCUAUAUCUCAAGUAUAGAUAUACCGACGCCGAUGGCAUACGCUUGAUCAACCCGCAGUCCCGCACCACACGAACCAAUGGAGAUCGAGCUCUGGCUCCUAUGUGCGACGCUCGCGAUCGUCUUCCUAUGGGCGACACGGCGUUCGGGCGCCGGGCGGAUGCCGCCGGGCCCCACGCCACUGCCCGUCGUCGGCAACCUGCUCAGCCUCCGCCACGGCAACCUCCACCACACGCUCGCGCGCCUCGCGCGCGUCCACGGCCCCGUCAUGACGCUCAAGCUCGGGCUCACCACCGCCGUGGUCGUCUCCUCGCGCGACGCGGCUGAGGAGGCAUUCACCAAGCACGACCGGCGUCUGGCCGCGCGCGCGAUCCCGGACGCGGCCCGCGCGCUCGGCUUCUCCGACCGGUCCAUGAUAUGGCUUCCCAGCUCCGACCCGCUCUGGAAGAGCUUGCGCGGCGUCGUGGCCACCAACGUCUUCUCCCCGCGCGGCCUCGCCGCGGCGCGCGGCGUUCGCGAGCGUAAGGUGCGCGACCUCGUCGGCUACUUCCGCGGCCGCGCCGGGAGAGAGGUGGACUUCGGCCAGGCCGUGUACGGCGGCGCGCUUAACCUCGUGUCGAGCGCGUUCUGCUCCGUUGACGUGGUCGACGUGGGCGGGGAGUCGGCGCAGGGGGUGCGUGAGCUUGUCCUGGACCUCGUCGCGGUGAUCGCGAAGCCCAACGUUUCCGACCUUGUCCCUUUCCUCCGACCGCUCGACUUGCAAGGAUGGCGCCGCUGGUCGGCGAUACGCUUCGGGAAAAUAUUCCUCAUACUGGAUGGCAUAAUCGAUCGCCGUAUGGCCCUUGCCAACGGCUCCACGGAGAAGCAAGGCGACUUCCUGGACUCGCUGCUCGAGCUCAUCUCCACGGGCAAGCUCGCUCGCGGCAGCCUGACGACCAUACUCUUCGACGUCAUCGCGGCCGGGAGCGACACGGUGUCUCUCACCGUAGAGUGGGCAAUGGCCGAGCUUCUCCGGAACCAGAGCAUCAUGGCCAAGGCCCGUGCCGAGAUACAAAGUGCUCUCGGCGGCAAGGUAGCCGUCGACGAGACCGACGCGGUGAACCUGCCGUACCUCCAGGCCGUGGUGAAGGAGGUCUUGCGGCUGCAUCCCGUGGCGCCGAUACUGCUGCCCCACCGAGCCGUCGAGGAUGGCGUGGAGAUCGGCGGCUAUGCCGUGCCGAAAGGCUCGACGGUCAUCUUCAACGCGUGGGCGAUUAUGCGGGACCCGGCGGCGUGGGAGAGGCCCGACGAGUUCGUGCCGGAGAGGUUCCUCGACAUGGCGAAUCAGUUGGACUUCCGGGGCAAGGCCUUCGAGUUCAUCCCGUUCGGGUCCGGCCGGAGGCUGUGCCCCGGCGUGCCCAUGGCGGAGCGCGUCGUGCCGUUCAUCCUGGCCUCGCUGCUGCACGCGUUCGAGUGGCGGCUACCGGACGGCGUUUCCGCCGAGGAGUUGGAUGUGAGCGAGAAGUUUACCACCGCCAAUGUGCUCAACGUCCCACUCAAGGCCGUGCCCGUUGUGAUCGCUUAAUUAAUGCACGUCAAGUACACGUAGUCACGUACUAUCAGUCAUGAUAGCUGGGUUAUCUUUUUCUUUUUGCGAAUCUAUCUUAUUAUUAUCUGGUGUGAUACAGCGGCGGCGCCAAGAAAAUGGUGGUGGGUAUUCCCACUAGCUCCGCAGGAAAUUUUUUUUUUUUGCCGCCCUCGUCUUGCUCCUUCGGAAAUCCGAAGAAAUUAAGAGGAAUCGGUGGGUAAUGAAGCAAAUCAAAUAAUCAAGGAAGCAACAAACAAGUCAAGCAACGAAAUUGGGCCAUUGGGGAUUCGGGGGCGAGGCAGGCGGCCGUACCUUCUGUGCAGACUGCGCUGCUCGGGGAAAUUGGGGCGGGACUGGGCGGACGGGAGGAGCGCGGGUUGGCGGGAGGCGGGGCACCGCCGUGGGGCCAUCAACUGCUCCGGGCUGCAUCUGCAUCGUGCCGGCGGCUCCUGGUCUAGGUCGAGGAACGGAGGAAGGAAAGGGCAAAUGACAGUCUGUACGUCUGCGUGCGAUGCGAGCGACGGAGCGAAUGAGCGAAUAGUGCAGCGAGAUAGCUUCUUUUGCGUUUCUGACGGAGUGAAUAUAUAUACAUAUUUUUUUUCUCGUCUAAAUCUUGGGUAUGCCUGGGAAUACAGGGGCAUACCCCUGGCGCCGCCCAUGGUGUGAUACCAUUGUCACUCUUUGUAGUCCACAAUCUCCAACCAUUCAUGCAGAACGGCACAAUAAAGGGUCUUUUCAUACCA